AUGGAUUCAGAAGACGGAGAACUGUUCAUAAAGCAACUUGCUGGCUUUGUACGGACACACGAAAAGGCCUUGGCCAACGCUCUCCAAUUGCGACGCCAGGUCCGCCAUAAGCCGUCCCAGAGCACCGGCUCCGCGGCUCUUCUAUCUCAAGCAUCGACAUCCCUUCCAGAAAGACCUUCUACAUCCGCUUCUACAUCAAGUUCGCUUGCAGCCGCCUUGUCGCUCGGUGCGCUCAGCUUUACGUCUCACAAUGUCAAAUCUACGAAGUUGGCACUUACACCGCACCACCUAUUUUACCUCCUUUCCCGCUUCGAAGAGCUCAGCAUCAAUGUCGGUCCUAUGAAGGUUCGCCUCGAGAAUCUCCACGACAGCUCAUCCUCCGCCAACUAUGUCUCGUUCCUUAGUAACACUCAGCGAUCAAGGAGCAAAGGUUCCGACAUCGAUUCGAUACAUUCUGUCUCAAGUAUGCGAAGUGUGAUGUCAGGCAUGUCCGCAUUGUGGUCGAGUUUCGGUAUUGGUGCCAGUAUUUCUGCUGCCAGAACAGAGCGUCAAAAGGCUGCUCUGGAAUUGGACAUGAAAUACCUCUAUUCUGCCUUCACCAAAAUCCCUUGCUUGAAACUGGCACCUGACUGGCGCGCUCGCCUUAUCCGCGGCUAUGAGGAGUUCCCCUUUGACUCGGCUGUUCCCCUCUACGUUUUCAAGAAUUUGCAGGCUCUCGAGGUUAGCAGCAUCGACUUUCGACAGUUCUUCGGUUGGGAUCGUCUGGCCGAUCAGUUGCGCUCACUCACCCUCAAACGGGCCGGUAUCGAAGAUCCUGCAGACAUCCUGAUCGACAUUGUACUUGACGAUAUGGACAAGCGUCGUCGACGUGUUUCCAAAUCCCAGUCUUCUCCCACGUCUGCCUGGACGGGUAGUGGCAGCCCACGUCGCAACGUUGCUCACCCCGACUUCCACCGUGCUCUUUCCGCACCUAGCUCUCCCGGUCCUCAUGCUGACAUGCGAGUUGGUUCGUUGACUCCCAGUGAACAUGCUGUUGAGGAGAACAGCCGGAGGCAGUCUUUGAGUAAAGAUGAGGAGCAGGAUGAUAUGACACAUGGUUUGCAGAAGUCUGCUCGUCCUAGGAGCAACUCUCCACCACGACCUACCAGUUCUCGAACGCAGUCUCAUCCUAUUCGAGGGAACCAUCACCGUAUGAGGCGAUCUGGAUCCGGUAGCUCCCACUCCAGCCUUUCUGAUUCCUGGACUGGACAUCAUCACACCCGUGGUAGCUCUGGCAAUUUACUCUCCAUGGGCGUCCUUCCCGCCUCCAAGUGGCGCUUCCUGAGACAUUUGAGCUUGGCCGAUAACUCGAUGACCUCCAUUCCGCAAAAUAGUCUUGCACCCCUUUCCAACACGCUUUACUCGCUCGAUAUAUCGUCUAAUCUUUUUAGCCAGGUCCCAGACAGCCUGGCUACCCUGACUGCCCUCCGCGCCCUGAACUUGUCUCACUGCAUGAUCGAUUCGCUCCAGUCUUUGACUCGCAAUCCUCUUCCUGCUAUCACCGCCCUCAACCUUCGGGCGAACAGGCUUCAAGGUCUUGCUGGUGUCGAGAAGCUGGUCCCUCUUGAGCGACUUGACUUGAGAGAUAACCGCUUGGUUGAUCCAAUGGAACUUGCAAGAUUGACAGGUAUUCCUGACAUCCAUGAGAUUUGGGUCGAGGGCAAUCCUUUCACCCGUACUCACAAAGAUUAUCGAAUCACCAUCUUCAACCUUUUCCGGAAAACCCCCGGUUACACUGAGGAUGUGGUCAUUGAUGGUAGUGGCCCAAGUUACGUCGAAAGACGUUCGCUUGUUGAACGCCCCCCUAUGCCUGAGACCAUCCCUGUUGUAAAGCCGCAGGUUCCCGAGGUGCCUACGGUUGACGUGAGCAAGCCUGCCGUCGUUUUCAAUCCUCCCAAGGAACCGGUUGUUCUUCGAAAAGAGCGACCCACGCCCAAGGCUGUCAUGAGCGAAAUCAACACCAGCUCGACACGGCGGCGAAAGACACCAAAGAGGCGAAUCGUCGAUUUAGCCACGUCUGACGCCCCAUCUUUUCCAAGUCCUGUUGAGGUUCAUGUCGCGAGACCGAGUGGGAAUCUGAUCAAUGUCCCAAUCAUGAACGAUGGCAACUAUAGAAUAUCUCAACAGCCGGAGGCCCAAUUCUUACCCUCAUCUGUUCUUUCCACCAACUCGCAAGUGAUCAGUUCCCCUGAAGUGCCACGGAUAGACACCAACGCCUUCGGUAGCAUCCCUUCCAUUUACUCACCCGACGACGAUGCUUCCAACUGGAAGGAACCUCAGGAUUGGGACGCUGGCGGUGAGAUUUAUCGACAAAAGAUCGAGGCACUUCGAAAUACUGUCGGCAACAGCUACCUCUCCGUUCUAAGUGAAGAGAGUUGGGGCCCGAACCGCCCGGCAGACUUUUCCACACCCAACGGUCCACCAAGUGCAGUCAUGCGCACAUCACACUCUCCCAUACAUGCUUCGCAGGCCCAAGCCAUCCACAGUGGCCGAACCUUGGGCUAA